GCGAGUGGAAGAGGAGGGUGCACUACUGAACGCAGACGAUUCCGAUAUGAACGAAAAGAUUAUCCCAAUCGUAGAGGGGCAAACAAUUAAACCGAAACUUCAUGCUCUCUGCAGUGAUGAUAUUCUCAAAGAACUGGGACUGCUAAACUUCCACUCGCUUUCUAUAAUGCUUUCUAUGGGUUUUCUUUGGUUUCUCUCCGCAAUGCCCACAAUGUCACCAGCGUACUUGGCUCCUUCAACAGAGCUGCUCAAAAAUUCAACUUAUAUAUCUGUACAAAGCGAAUUCGAUCUUCAACGAUCUGUAAUUGAUCCUGCUGAGUUGACAUCUUCCAUCUACUUUCUUGGUAACUUCGUCUUGGGACAAGCAUACUGUAUGGCGGCUGACAGAAUCGGUCGACGACCCGUGCUUGUUUGGAGUCUUAUUGUAAGUGGUCUUGCUGGAGUAGGAUCUGCUCUGGCACCAUCAUUCGCUCUCAUGUUAGUUGGACGAUUUAUUCAAGGAUCAUUUUUCAAUUCCAUCACCAUGAUCAAUUGGGUAUUAUGCUGUGAAUCCAUAGCAUUCAAAGGUCAUUCCUAUGCUUCCGUCGUCUUUGGUGUCUUCUGGGUAGGAGGGUAUUGUGUAGUUACACCAAUUGCUCGAGCAUUUUCUUCUUGGAGAACUUUACAGCUUCUUACGUCGUUGCCGACAUUGCUAUUCGGAAUUCUAUUGCUUUUAGUGCUACCGGAAAGCUUUGGUUUUCUCAUAACUAAGAAGAAAGCUGUAGAAGCUCAAGCAUGGAUCAAACGUUCUCAGCAAUGUGGAGGACGCAAAUUUGAAUGCGAUGUGUCAAAAACCAUAGAAAUUGAGACUGCAUUACUUCCAGAAGACGUUUCUCUUCUC